AUGGAUUACAUUGUUCCAGGAUUGACUGUCGGCAAGUACAUUUGGCAAUGCGGACCGACUACUCUCUGCUGUCAAUGGAGCAAGGAUAGUGAGAAAAUAUUCUGUGGCAGCUCUAACGGGAUUGGCGCAGUCUUGGAUCUUCAAACACCGCAACCGAUGCCUUUUGCCCGGCAUGCGGCGCCCCUCAGAUGCAUUCGUGUUGUGGAUGACGCUGUUGUUUGCACUGCUGGUUGGGACAAGCAGAUGAAGUAUUGGGAUCUUCGUGCUCCCAAUAGCGUACUGACAUCAGAAACUCCGGAGCGCGCGAAGUCAAUGGACUUUGCAACUUCUCUAUUGGUGGUGGGAAUGGAGAAUAAAAAGAUUGGGGUAUAUGAUAUGAGAAAACCUUGCGAGCCCCUCAAGGGUGACCAAGGUCCGCUCCGCCGCCCGAUCCAAUGCGUAUCCGUAUCUCCGUCGGGUACCAGCUACGCAUGCGGUGGUGUGGAUGGCCAUGUUGCAGUAGAAUACGCCGAUCGACAAGGCUACAUAUUCCGGGCCCAAGAGGAAGCACAGACACCAGUGAAUUGCAUGGCUUUCCAUCCCGUCUUUGGAGCACUCGCAACUGGGGGAGCGGACGGGGUGUGCAAUUUCUGGGAUAUCACCCAAAGAAGACGACUGAAAAGGUCCAUCCAAGCCAGUUCAUCCAUCACUAGUUUGACUUUCAACCCGAACGAUUCAUUCGGCGAAGCUAAGAUUCACAAGAAGCCAAGAACCCACGGUCAGCCAAUCAAAGUGACCCUUCGCGCUGUGACAAACUCGGAAGCAACCCCUCUGCCUAUGGAUAUUUGA